AUGUCAUCAAACUUCAGUCCGAUUUCCCCUCUGGGGUUGGCAACAAAACAUGCGAAUGCAGUUACAGGUGCUGAUAUGAACACUCUGGUUCUUCCACAGUUUCGUUGUAGCUCAGGUGGUCAAAAUCGUUCGCAACUGUCAAGCACUAGUACACAAUUGUCUAGUCCGAACAGCCAAGUCAAGUCUCAACUACAACAAGUUGCGCAGUCCACACAACGUCCAACAAGUUCUGAUGCAUGCGCUACAAUCACACAGUAUCUGAUGAUGUAUCAUACGGGGCGAGAUGAGGAAUUCAGUCGCAAAGCUAUUGAAAGUCUGAUUAAGAAACUGAAAGAUAAACGUGAUGAACUAGAUGCGCUGAUUACCACUGUAACAUCACAUGGGAAGAUUUCUCCGAAAUGUAUCACGAUUCAGCGUACUUUGGAUGGACGAUUACAGGUGGCUGGAAGAAAAGGUUUUCCGCACGUCGUUUAUGCACGUAUUUGGAGAUGGCCUGAUUUACAUAAAAAUGAGCUGAAACAUUUGCCGCUUUGUCAGUGUGCAUUUGAUUUGAAAUGUGACCUGGUUUGCGUUAAUCCCUACCACUAUGAACGUGUUGUUCCGCCAGGUAUCGGCACCAUUGAUUUGUCGAAUUUAAAAAUUGAGCAUCGAUCCUCAUCUCAAGACGAUUCAAACACAUUGUCUCCAGGAAGUACAGGAACUAGCGAUGAUUUGUCAAAGUAA